AUGGCCUGUCUCCCACCACAGUACUUUGCCAUGCCAGCUCCAGCUCCAGCACCAGGCCUUAUGGGCAAAACCGUCUACCACUACAUGACUCGUGACGGUGGGCCACCGAACAAGGGUGCGCCGCCAUCUGCACCAGCCAACUCAGGUCCAGGCGCUCCGCCGCCCUACUCUAUGAUUCCACCAUUCGGCCCUCCUGCGCCACCUCAGCCUGGCCCGUUCAUGAUCCCGCCAGGCCCUGGCUUCCCGGGCGCUAUUUGCGUACCCAACGGCGCAGGACGUCCAGCAGCACCACCACCUCCUCCCGCUGCGCCAGGCUGGUAUGGUUACCCGCCACCGCCACCGCCUCCUCCGCCCACCGUCCCAGGCGCAGUCGCUCAGGCUGCCACUCAACCCCCCGAACCACCCGUCAGCGGAAACCGCGUCAAGGACAACUUGGUCGUGGUCAAGGACAGCGGCGGCCAUGGCCACGUGGUCUCCAAGAACAACGCCACGUUCCACCUGUUCACCUACAACGUCAUUGACAAGUACACGGUCAACGCCAGCAACCAGUUCUACAUCCCGCCCCACGCGUGCGAGCCGUUCCGCGUCAUGACGGCCGCGUACUCGAUGCCCCUCGAGGAACUGAUCGAACAGCUCGACUGCAUCAAGGUGGCGCCACCUGGAUGGCCGCGCUACGCCAUCGGACUGGCAGAGGCGUUUGACCUGGGGAACGGAUGGUUCCAGGUUGGGUCCAAGUUCCACUUCGACGAGGAGAAGUCCAAGCAGACCAUUAAGGAGGCGUGGAGUAGUAGUAUCGGCGAGGCGCAGGAGUCGAGACCCAAAUACCUGAUCCGGCUACCGGGCAAGCGCAGCGGCUCUUAA